AUGAAAAACAAGUGCCAUGUUUUUAAAGUUCAGAGCAAAGUACAACCUAAAACAAAGACACAGGCUGCUCACGCCAUUCCUAAACUCUACAGGUAAGGGUGCUCCUUCUCUGAACUGAAGGUGAACCCUCUGAAGAAAAAGUAAUCCCUCACUUCUCCACAACAUUUCUUAUUUUACGUAUUUGAUUGAUUUGUUUCUCCUCUGCUCUCAGUUUGGAUCCAGAGCAGAAGGACCAGCUGAUCGAAGUCAUCGAGAAACUCCUUGCUGACAAAACCACGGUGGGUAUUUGCAUAGCCGAUCCAAUAUUUCUCCUCAAGAUUAUUUUCUUUUCAACAAAUGAAAAGACAAGUUUGAAAAUCACAGACUCAACUUACCUCUGUUCACAGCACUAGAUUGGAUUCAAUGCCUCAGUUGUUUCGAGGUUUAUCGGUUCUUUGACCAUUUUUUCUCCUCGCCUUUUCACUUUUUAUUUCAACUGAUGUGAUUUAAAAGUGAAAGAAAUCAAAAACAGGAACAGGCUGUAAAAUUCAGCCUCCAUUUGGGCUUCUUCAUCAUCUUGAGAUGUAAUUUCCUCCUGCAUGGAUGGUUUUUGUGCCUCAGUCAACUUCAAAGAUGACAUGCUGUCUCCCUGGGGUAAUAAUCCCAGCAUUACCUGUUAUCUGUUUGACUCUUUUUUUUUUCCGCAGCUGGUGGCAGGAAGCGUCGUCAUGGCUUUUGAGGAGGUUUGUCCAGAACGCAUCGACCUGAUCCACAAAAACUACAGGAAGUUAUGCAACCUUCUUAUCGACGUGGAGGAGUGGGGUCAGGUCGUCAUCAUCAACAUGCUGACUCGCUACGCCAGGACUCAGUUCCUCAACCCAAACAUCAAUGUGAGUAAGAGCCUCCAUCGCCAAUUAGUUUAGUGAAUAUUAAGCACUUUUUUUCCCUUCUGAAUUGAUUAAAACACGUGGCUUUUUGGCUUCCCGGUUUGGUUAAUUAUUCAAAGUGGGGGAAUGACAUGCACCAAAUCACGGCGGGGUCACAAAUCAAUCCUGUGACGUGGACUGUAGCGUCUGAACAAAGACUGCCUGCUCUUCCAGCUGAGCAAAACCAGGAAUAACUACUUUUUCAAGGUUUUAAAAAAAAAACAGAUGAGUGAUUUAGUCCACGCAAUCACUUUUCAAUUUCCUCAAGCCCUGUUGAAAAUUAUGUGUUCAUUGUAAAACGCCUUUUCCUGACUGAUAUUACUGCUUGAGCUUAUUUUCAAAUGAGAAAAAUAACAAAAUACCACAAACAUUUCAAAUAGAAAGAGCCUAAAAGCGAACACCAAGAGUGAUUAUGGCUGAAGGUAUAAUUUAGUAGGUGAUUCAUCAUCCUCUCAUGUGUCUGGCUCCUGCAUUAACCUCUGAGGGUUUAUUUCAGUCUUUGCAAUCAUUCUUUCAUGAAACAGUUUUGCUAUUUUAAUAAGUCUACUUUCAUUUAUUACACAAAUGAAUUAAUUUUAUAAAAUAUUGGUAAAUUCAUCAGGUCUUGACUGGAUAGGGUCCUUAAAAGUUUAUAAUCAGGAAACUGUUUCAAAAACAUUGACGACUGGCUUACAGCAAAAACAGACUGACUUAUUUGACGAGUGUAGAUUAAUAACUAGGUCGACAGUAACAUAAAGCUCACAGAAAAGUUGCAUAUCUGAAGAUUCAUGAAGCAGAUCAAGUGUAUAACCUUCUUUAUUUAAAGGUUGUGAUAGUUAAAAUGAUCGUAAUCUCAAGUAUCAGCACUUGACCUAUGUUGAAAAAGCAACUAUUAAGACUGUUUAAAGGCCAUUUACUGAGUAAUGCUGCAGUGUGAAGUCAAUGGAUGGUGAUGAAAUAGAGUUAUACUAAUACUGAUGUUUAACCCUUUGACCUGAAAAAGUUAACAAGACCAUCAAAAAAGGCAGAUUAUUUCCGUGUUAUCUCAUAUUCCUGUGAUGUCAGAUGAGAUCAACAGCUCACUGCAGAAACAGUUAAAGAUAGUCAGCGGACGUUAAAGAUAGAGAUAGAUUUUCCAGAACUAAACAAACUCAAAUUCUUCACGUUACAAAGUUUAAACUUAUAUUGACCAGAUCGCUUCUUUUUGUAAAUUGAUAUAUGGUAACUGCACAAAGUCUAUAGAGUCUGUGAUCUGAACUGUGUCCAAAGAACCUGCACUUGUUCGAAGCUGCUAAUCAGACAAAAAUGGAAAUACUUAUCAGACAAAUCUCAAAUCAGAAAGUCGGUAAACUUUAAAAUCCUUUGUAACAGAAAAACUAAACUAAAAUCAUCAAUCCUUCUAUGUGUCAAGCUGCAUUACAUGACUUUCCUUUGUCAACAGAUCUGUUCAUGAAAAUUGUUAUCAAAACUUGAUUUGCUUCUCAACCGAUCAGCAAAUCAGUGAAAUAUUACUGCUACUUAAUCUAGCUUUCACACUUGUGCAUUUUGCCAUUUCUUGCAAAUCUAUCCUAAGUUUAGUCCACUGUAUUGACUCUACAUGCUGAUCCCAUAAAAGAAAAGAUACUGUCAUUUUAAAUUGCUCGUUUUGUACCAGUUUAGCAGAAGAACAGGACUGAAUGAUAAUAGUACGCAGGUGAAUUUCCUGCAGUUGUACAGCUUGUAUUGAGUUGGAUUAGUGAUAUUUUUUCAGUCUUGCCAUUGUGAUGUUGCAGGGAUACUAAAUGAAUCUCUCCGGUCAUUACUUUCCUCCUCCACGGUUGUAGCCUGGUGAUACUCUUGGGUUUUAUCUGCUUUUCACACCCACCUGUUGACUGAUUUUCUCACCAGAAACUAAAUUGAGCAACUUUGUCAUGCUGUGACAAAACAGUAGAGGCAGCCAGUGCAUGUGGUGACAAAUUGCUACAGCUGUUUAGCUCAACAGGAGGUCUUUUAAUAAUGCUCCUCAUACACGGUGUCACUUCUUAUAUAAUGUAUUCAAGAGCAAAUUACCAUCUGGUGACUUUAAUAAUGAGAUACGACUAUUUUUCCACGCAAAAGAAAGUUUGCCCCUCUAAGUCUCACACUGUUUUUAUCUGCCUUCUCCCCGCAGGAGUCACUGCUGGAGGAGGGCAGCGGCGGAGACAGGACUUUCUACGGCUCAGAGGAAGACGAAGACGAGGAUGAAGAGGAUAAAGAGAAGAAGGCAGAGGCUCAAGCCAUAGCCAAGAGGAAGCCAUACGUGAUGGAUCCAGACCACCGACUGCUGCUGAGGAACACCAAGCCGCUCCUGCAGAGUCGUAAUGCUGCUGUGAGUCAACUGCACACACCUUAACAGUAGUCCUUCUUCAGUCUGUCGCCACAUUGAGCAGCAGGUCAGUGGUUGGAGAAGCUGAAAUGUCUUAGCGGUGACUUCCUCUCGUUCUGAAAUAGGGACAGAAGAUGGGUCCCUGAGGAAAGUUAAUUAAAGUUCCAGUCUUUGUAAUCUCUCUUUGGUGGCGAUGGCGAUUGCGCGCUUGUUUCUGUUACUCGUACUGCAAUGCAGAGCAGCUGCGAUCUAAUUCACCUACUCAGCACUUUGAACUCUUGUUGAUGUGCUAUGGGUGAUCAACUCAGAAGAAGUGUGUGAAUGACAUCAGGUGCAAAGACUGCAGAGGCGGUGGAAUUUAAAUUAGGGUUUGUGUGUUUAACUGGUUUAUCCAUGGAGUCUGGACAGGAAGUAGACUGGCUGUGAUCGCUACAUCAAAUUCAGUCCACCUAAGGUAAGAGGGGCUAUUUUGAUACUAUUAAAAAGAAUGUGAUAGAAGUAGUAAAGGUGAAGAUGAUAUAUGAAAUCAAGAAUACAAAGGGAAUAUGACCUAUAAUAAACCUCAGAAACAAUACAGGCCGUCUCCACCCCACUCCUUAGAUCCUCCCAGAGUAACAGACACCCUGCUGGGCUUCAAUUUGGUACAUGAACUAAAAACAGUCAGCCGCUCUUAAAGAUGGAUGGUCAUCUAUUGUGCAUGAGACUGUGCCAGCUUUUGCCUUUGUGGCACAAGGGGGACUCAUGCCACUGUCACGCUCACCAGACAGCAGAUCAGCACUGUGUCUGCUUGACAAGAGGCAAAGACGAGGUACACAAUCAGGUUUUAGUCAGUUUUAAAUUUCUGUAGAGGCCUCAAACAUAAGACACAAUCACAGAAAAAAACAUUUCCACCCUUAGUGAAUCAUAAAUUCACUGCUUUGCAUUUCUCCUCCCAGGAUUUUGCGCGUUCAUUAAGGCAAUUGGACUAUCUGGACAGUUUGUGUUAUUUUUGCACAUUUGGCAAGGCACAAUCUUUAGUGCACGCUGUUGGUGGAUGAGUUUGCACAUUUGUUUGCGGAUGCUUUAAAGUUUACAAAUUAGUGAUAUUUCCCUUUAAACAGUGGGCACAAAACCGACAAGACAAACAAUUCAAGAGCACACAAUAUACAUCACAAUCAAUGAUAAACAGCAUGUAGUGAAUAAACCACUGCUGAAAAAUGAAGAAGGUGUCACUAUACUACAUCAACAGGUGGGAGCUCAUACUCAUUUACAGUAUAAAUCACUGGGGUGGUCUCUGUGACAUCGCCCUUUGGUUUCUGAAGAGGGAUUAUGAAGAUGAGCUGAGCCCCACUCAAGGAAGUGCAGUGUUUUGCACUCAAGCUUUGGCUUCGACACCAGAGGUUGCUUCUUGUUUAUACAGGAAAACAAAGGCUUUCAUUGGUGGCUCACUAUUGUCUUACCUUAUUGAACAAAUAUUUACUAGAUAUUGAUUAAAAUUUUAUCUUAGAAAUAGAUGACUUAAAGUAGCACUAUAUUAAAAGGCUGUUUUUGGUUGGAGGCAGUGUGGCCAGGGAGACGCCACUCAUACUCAUAUUUUCUGGUCGUGUGUAAAGAUACAACCUUUCUGGGACGAAGUGAACGAGACUCUGGGAAAAAUCCUGCACUGUAUUAUUCAAAGAGAUCCCAAAUUCAUGUAUUUGGGAGCCAUACCUGAGAAAUGCAAAAAGGCUAUCACAGGGAACUGAUCGCCCACUACUGAGACAGUGGAUGGACAUUAUGAGUGAAAUUUACACCUUGGAAAGCCCAACUUACCACUUGAGGCUGGACAUGUCUACCAUGUCUAUUAAGCUUGAAGCUUAAUAAACAGACUAUGUGGACCUCUUUGUUAACCACGUGCAAAAUAAGGAGUAAGAACUGCCCCCUGUGUUCCUUUGUUCCCUUUUCUUUUUUCCCCUCUCUUUAUUUUUGAGAAAAAAGAAAAAAUGGUUAUAAAGAAAUAAUUGUCUCGAACUAUGCUAUACUGAAAAAUAAAGUAAAAAAAGGCCGUUUUUGUGCCGCUCAAGUUGUUACAAAUUCCCCUCCUCAUGCAUUAUUCUGUCUUUGUCCUGCUGCAGUCCAGCUGCUUCCUUAAAGGUGUUACGAUAGAGAAUCUCUGAUAUCCCUGCUGUCGCCAACUGCCCACCACCAAAGGGAUAAAAUUAGCAAUUAGAUGAGCAACUAGCUGCUGAACAUCGUGGAGCAGAUAUCAGUCGAGGGCCAGAUAUUUCCCAAAGGCAAAGAGAUGCCAAAAGCUGAGAUAAAGAAAAGAAUAAAUAUUGGACUGACUGAAACAGGACUCCAGGUACAACAACAUGUUUAUAUGGUAAUACCUGCUGUGUUUACAAGUUGAUCUGCAAGCAAAAUAAGAGGUCUGUGAUUUCUGCAAUAUGCUGAUUGGAUGCUUACAAACCUUGAGACAGAAAAUUCUUUGAAUAAGUCACUGACAGAUUAUCUCUUCAGCUCUUUCAUGCACAUCCAGCACAGCGGCAGAAUAAAUCAGGGCCAGUCCAAAUCUGCAUUCACUCAAACAAAGUGAAGCAGUGGUGCAUUUAAUGUCGGAGUCUUAGAAAUACACAGAAUAUACUACAGUCUAGUUUUUUAAAUGCCAGUUACAUGAGCGUUAAAAGCAAGGAAAGUAUUAGCACAAACAUUAGACUUGCUAGGUUGCUUUUGUAUUAUUCCCAUGGCAUUAAUAUAGACUCUUUGUCUAUAUUAGGUCUUUGCACAAACAUCUUCACUUCAUAGGUGCUCAUAUUAAACAUUCAUGAGGAGGCUUUGUUUGUGCGUACAUCUUACCUAAGUGCCUGUAAACACCAUCAUUAUUGCUCAUAUUUACUAUGCAAUCCUUUGCUUUUGUUUUCUUCCUUCAGGUGGUGAUGGCCGUGGCUCAGCUGUAUUUUCAUCUCGCCCCGAAAGCAGAGGUCGGAGUGAUCGCCAAAGCCCUUGUGCGUCUCCUCAGGAGCCACAGGUGAGUGGUAGUGGCUCAUAUUUGAUAUAAAUUGAUGUUUCAUAAUUCAUUACUCUGGGAUGGUAUUUUAAAACGAAUCUGUAUGUGCCGUUUCAAUUUGUUUAUAUGUCUGAGAACCAAGUUGAGGGUGGAAAUAAUAAGAAUUUCACUUGAAAAGAAAAGAGACGAAAAAGAAAGCGAGAGUGCAGAAAGGCAAGGCUGAAUUUGAUAAGAGAAAGCUAUAAUAACCAUGAAACUCGGCAAAGUGGAAAACAGAAAUACAAAAAAAAGGAUAAGUGCGGGUAGUAAAAUAAAUCUCUCCAGCCCCGGAGCAGAGAGUGAAAUUAAACAGAGAGCUGAGUGAGACUGAGGUAAACAUGGAGGCAUAAAGCAUGAGGAGUGAUGGUGACACAUCAGCGGCCUCACGGUUGUUAGUCCUGAAAACUGUCAGCUCCUUAUUGAACAAGUACUCCUGUGGCUCUGGGUGUGUUUGUAAUGGGAUCAUCAUUCAGCAGCUUCCAAACAGCAGCAACCCUCUGCAGGGGACGGGGUCAGAAAUCCAUUGUACUGUAAGAUACGUUUCAUCAGAUCUGUUUAUUAGGACAGAGUCAGCGGUGGCUUUGCUGAAUCAUAACAACUCAAAGUAAAAUAUUAAAGGAAGGUCUUCUUUGUUUAUAAAACCAUUUUAAAGGCUGAAGAACAUCUGCUAACACAUUCCCAAGAUUCAGAAAUUCACAGCCAAAUUUAGGUGUAUUGUCCUUUGGUUACUAGCUUCACGAGUGGAAAAUCUGAAGCUUUACUCCCUGGGCUAUUUUUUGGCAUUGUUGGCUGACUGCAUAAAACCUGUAAAAGCUAUUAUAAUUGUUAUUAUUCCAACACCUCCAUCCCCACGGAUUUUGGAGCUGAGGCAUGUGCAGAAGCAAUCUGUCUGAAAAAGAUGAGGGAUUGAAGUCCCGCCCCAUCAGCUCACUAAAACGCUCAUUUAACUUUUACAGUAGAUUCCUCACAAGUCAGCACACUCAGCAGAACAGAGUCUAGUGUCGAUGAAGAGCACACUCAUAGUUAUUGAAAGUUUAGAGACUCUUGUGUUUGUGUUUGUUGUGUUUUCUCUCCCUGCUCCCCCUCUAUUGUGUUAAUCCGAAACAGAGUGCUGCAAAAGCCGACAUUCGUCAACAGAGCUGUCAAUCACUACACCACACCCUCUAUUUUCCUAGUAUGGCUCAUGUUAAUGAGCUGUAUCUCCUUUACUGCAGCCAGUCACCAGAGGGGCUCUAAAAGUUUUACACUGUUAUAAUUUAGAGUAAAAAAAUGUAGAAAUGGGAAUAUAUUUGGGGAUAACUGGCAGUCAGAUUCGACAUUGAAAUGUUCCCUCAGUGGAGUGACGGUGGCCUUCGAGGACAAGAAGCCACUGUGAUGGAUAUAAAGUUUGAUGCCCCAUUUGUCAAGUUUUUACCAUCGGAAACAUCAAUCCAGACAAAAUUCUUUUAUGCACAAAAUCUUCUUUAUAUUCCAAACCAGUGUACCUUACAUACCCACUCAAUAAAUACAGAAAUGCAAAUGCUACUCUGUGCUGCUGCAUAAACAUGGCAGUACAAGAUGGCAGCCUCUGCAGAAGGAGACCCUCUUUAUUGUAGCUGUCGAUGUGAAGCACUUUGAGGGUCUGUAAUAAGUGCUAUAAAAUCUGAUGCAUUAUGAAACAACAACAACAACAAUAACAAUAACAAUAACAACAACAACAACAACAACAACAACAAUAAUAAUAAUAAUAAUGUUAUUGUUACUUUCAAUUUUCACCAAGUCUGUUCUACCCAAUUUUUCCAAAUACUACACACUGUACCUUUAACCUUUAAAAUCUGUUUAGCUCAUUUGCAGUUAUAAAAAUAAAUAUAAAGUCUUCUUUGUCUCAGAAGUCAAACAAAUCUAAAACAUGAGAAGAAAUUGUGGACAUCAAAUUUUUAUGUACAGAUAUAACACAAACUGAUUAUGCUUUUUAAAAGACUUUCUGGACCAGGACAGUUCGGAUCUAUUUGUACAAGUCAAAACCACCCAAAUUUCUUUUGCUCUUGUCUUGCAACCCAUUGACAGGUUCAAAGGUUUAUUAGUUUUGGUUAAUUACAGUAUUACUGACGCAGCUAACAUGUAAGAAGUAACAUGUAAGUAAACUGCUCCUGAUUUGAACCGUUCGGUUGUCUUUUGCUCUCAAGGGUUUAGCAUUAGAAAAGGUCUUAGGUUCAGCAGACAGGAAUGUAAAGCAAUUAAAACUUUAUUGACCCAUCAUUGAAUUAGGUUUCCUUUUAAAUGUUUUUCUUAAUCAGUUCCUUUUAUUUCCGUCUCUUCUCGCAGUGAAGUCCAGUUUGUCGUCCUUCAGAAUGUGGCAACAAUGACAAUCAAGAGACGGGUGAGCGACACAUUCUGGUUUGAGGAUCUUUAUUUUGAAAAGUUGACUGAGCUGCAGAGUUUCUUCAGGUUUUUGACUCCUCUGUCUUCAUUUUUCUCAGGGGAUGUUUGAACCGUACCUGAAGAGCUUCUACAUCCGCUCCACAGACCCGACUCAGAUAAAAGUCCUCAAGGUCCUUUGCUUUUCUCUUUUAUUCCAGCUUUGACUCACAUUGAUUUUCUCAACACUGAUUUACAUUGGUGACAUCUUCUGCCUGUCCUCGAUCAUUUUAAAUCCACUUACUUCUGUCAAAAGUAACAAUGUUUAAAACUCAGUCAAAGGAUGUUGUACCUUUGUCGUGCUGAAUCAAUUCCUAUUGAAUUAGAGUGAAGCUAGUUCCAAAAAGUAGACAUCAAUAUGAGCAUGUAAGUCUCUUUCUACAGGUUCUGCUGCAUUGCAGUUAUUUCAGUGUUAUAAAAAGUUCCCUCUUGUUUCGUGCAGUUGGAGGUCCUCACCAAUCUGGCCAACGAGACAAACAUUUCCACCAUCCUCAGAGAGUUUCAGGUAAAGGGAAGCACAACCAGACAAACUUUCUCAUGAUAGUUACACAGGAUUUAUCUUUUAUAACUGAGCAAUCAUCUCUUUCCUGCAGACGUACAUUAAAAGCAUGGAUAAAGAUUUUGUGGCGGCAACAAUCCAAGCUAUUGGCCGAUGUGCAACCAACAUCGGUGAGGUGAGGGACACGUGCCUGAACGGUCUGGUGCAGCUCCUUUCCAACCGUGAUGGUGAGUUUUAGUUUGUGGAACAAAAGAUGAAACUUGGAGGGAUAUAAAUUUAAAGAAGAAUGAGAAUGAGUUUCUGUUGUGGCUGAAUCUUUGUUAAUAUCUUAUAAGCCAUUUUAGCACAGUCAGACUACCAGAAAAAAGCAUCAUUUUUUUAAGAGAUUGAAUGAGAAUCUUUUGAACACAAAUCAUUUUAGUAACUGAAUGUAGGAUGAAGAUGAAGAAGACUUGCUGAAAAGAUCAUUUGUUAUUUCAGAGAGUGACUUUUUGUUUCUUUUUACAGAGCUGGUUGUAGCUGAGUCUGUGGUGGUUAUUAAGAAGCUUCUACAGAUGCAGCCAGAAAAGCACAGCGACAUUAUAAAGCACAUGGCAAAGCUGACAGACAACAUCCAGGUGAGCGCCUCUUCCUCAAAUCUCUGUAUAAAUCUUACUGUAUAAUACAAAACCAGUAUUGAGUUUUAUGAGUGUUAAACCCUUUCUUUGGUAACGUUACAGAAGCACAUGACCUCUUUAAUUUAAUGUAAUUUUCUGUUUUUAGGUCCCGAUGGCGCGGGCCAGUAUCCUGUGGCUGAUUGGAGAAUACUGUGAGCACGUACCGAAGAUCGCCCCAGAUGUCCUGAGGAAGAUGGCGAAGUCGUUCACUAACGAAGAGGACAUAGUCAAGCUUCAAAUAAUCAAUUUGGCAGCCAAACUCUAUCUCACGAACUCUAAACAGGUAUGAUGCUUUCAUUUCAUUUGAUUAUCAACAAAGGUGGGGGCCUAUCUCCAUCCCAUGCAUUACCGUUACCAGUUCAGCACACAGUGGUUGAAAAAGAAUUCAAAUUUAUAACAUUAGUGAAAAAAACACACACAUAAAUACUCUUUUUCAUGUAGAAGUUCUAUAUCCAAACUUAUCACAGUAGACGACAGAGAAUAGGCGUCAACUUUUAGCAAAGCAUUAUUCCACUCACCAGUCAGGACAUGAUUAAAACGACGCAGCAACCCACCCAUUUAGCCUAACACAGAGAGGCACCGAAGCAACGAUCUACAGCAUCAUUACAAGCCUCUAAAUUACCUUUGUGACUACUUGGCAACAUCUAAUCAGUGCUUGAAAAUGCAGGUUUGACGCCUACUACCCCCUAGUGAUACUUCAUUAGCCAACUAUCUACUCAAGUAGUGUUCCCACGUCUCAUUAACAUCGGUUUGACUUGUUGACUAUUAGCUCUCUCCUCUACAAACAGCCGCACAGAUAUGAAGACAUGACCUGUCACUCAGGAGGAACUCUCCUUUAAGACUCCUGAUUUAAAGGGUCUUCUUUCUUCCUUUCACAGACCAAACUGUUGACGCAGUACGUUCUCAACUUGGCCAAGUACGACCAGAACUAUGACAUACGUGACCGAGCUCGCUUCAUUCGCCAGCUUAUUGUUCCCACCGAGAAGAGCGGGGCUUUAAGCAAGUACGCAAAGAAACUGUUCCUCGCCCUCAAACCUGCACCCAUCCUCGAGUCUCCAUUUAAAGGUACAGUACAACCUGGACGUCAUCUUUUUAGUUUUUCUUAAAAUCUGUAUAACAGGGUGAUAGUCAUCUGUAAGACUUUGGUGCUUCAUGCUAAUUUAGGGUGACCAUACGUCCUCUUUUACCCGGAUAUGUCCUCUUUUUUGGGGGCUGUCCGGGUUUGUUCGGGGAAGUUUAUAAAAUCCUUCAAAUGUCCGCAGUUUUGUAUGUAAUUUUUGAUUUUGUGUCACGUGGACUUACUGAAAACUGAACUGAACAGAACAGAACUGAAAACAGUCAGUCUAGUGUUGUGUUAGUCUUCUCGCUUCCACCCGGGACACGUCUUUUUUCACCCAGGAAAGUCGCAAAAUAGUCAGGCGUGUUAAAAUUCGCCUCAGAAUAUUUCAUAAUUUCGCGUUGUAUAUUUGCGUCAUUCCCGGUGUGUAAGGAUCUUUAGAAGCACGUAAAAAACUCUCAAAUUUAACUUUGUGUGACUUCUUGACUCCGCAUAGUCGUGUCCUCUUUUUGGGAAGUCAGAAUAUGGUCAUCCUAUGCUAAUUAUCAGGCUACCAGCAGGCUGCUUUACCAAAAUAAAGCCCAUAGCUUACUGAAUUAUUCCAUGAGUCGAUUUUACUCCAACACUUGAAGCCCCCAAAAUGACAGGAAUUGUAGCUUAAAAAGGAAGAUGUUAGAAUUCGCCCUCUAGAUUCCCUUUCUCCUGUCUUGUUGCAGAUCGAGACCACUUCCAGUUGGGUUCAUUGUCCCACCUGCUGAACGCCAAGGCCGGUGGCUACCAGGAGUUGCCUGACUGGCCUGAAGCCGCCCCAGACCCCUCCGUGCGCAACGUGGAGGUGAAGGAGUCUGUGCGUGCAGUGGGAACAGUAACAUACAGAGACACAGGGGCCCUCUGGGGUCUCCCGGGGCCCCGAAAGGUGGAGGGGAGCGGCGUUUGCUCCUGCCCCAGUGCAGUGCCUCAGAGGGGCCGGACAGAGUCACCAAAGCUUCACAUCCAAUAUAACAUUAACUCCAAUAUAACAUUGAUUCCUCUUUUCAUUGGCCAUCCGUCAUUGACAUACAGCUCAUUAGCAUUAACAGCUCAUCGCUAACAUGCAUCCUUUUUUGGCUCCCAUCAGUUUUCAAAUGGAUGCUGCUUGUCAAAAACUCUUCCCCCCUGUAGAGGUGAUGAGUUACAAAUGGAAAAAAGAGGAUUAUAGUCUUUUUUAAAAAAACUUCUAGUCCACAGUGAAAACUUACAGUGAACUCCUCACCCUCUCUGCUGCACCUGCUGCUGUUGGCAGCAGCUGACUCGCCCCGUCCAGGUUUAUCCUCUGAAGUGUUUGAGCCAAUAGCACAUGUCAUACCAAAGAGAGCAGAUCCGGGAGCUACAGCCCCAGAUUUUGACGUAUUUUCUAUCAACAGUGUGCUUACAGUGAAUUAACAUCCAAAAUUAGACCUUUAUUUUGAAAGGAUGUUUCCAAUAGUUAUUUUCUACUUUUUUUAUAUGAGUGAUUUGCAAAUUUCCAAGCAGACACUUCAGUAAUACUCCGCUGAAGGAUUGAAUUUGACCUGAGUGUUUCAAGAGAUCACAGUGCAGAGCAACAUCCCAACCUCUCAGACCCUUCCCCAUCCUCGCCAUUACCUCCAUGUGCCAUCGGUUCAUAACUAACAAUGUGAUCUGAUUAAAGACACGAAAUCAAAACUUGAGUCAGUCACUUUUGCGCUAAAAUCAAGACCCCAAUCACAAAAUCACUUGAUUUUCAAUUCAAGGAGUGACCUCAAGACUUGGUUUUGUUGUCUUCUUUAUUGAUUAUUGCUUCUUUAGUGUAGAUUUAUUUUUAGCUCACAGCUCAAUGUCCCAUACUUAUUGUUAGCUUAUUGUUUACCUGUGAAGCAGAUUUCAGGAUGAGGCCACAGGUGCAUUGCAGUUUAUACUCGAAACAUGUAUAUUGAAUUUUCGGGAGAUGAGCACUCAAGAGACCAUACCGGGAGAUUCAGCUGGCUGGAUAAGUCACAUUAGUGUCGUCUGUUUUCCAGCCCUUUUCAGAGCAUUUAAUUAACGUGAAAUUCGAUUCCCAGCCUUCCAGCCUGAUAUUUGUUUUGUUUACAGAGAAUGGAUGCUUGCUUUAGAGAGCUGAUCCAUCACAGUGAACGAUUUCAUGCUUUAGCUGGAGUUUUGCUCCAUGCGCACACAGACACGACGCGAUUAUGAGUUGAUGCAGAUGCGAGGAUGCUGCAUUCAAAGACCCUCUGACAUUAACUUAAUAACUAUCCUAUGAUUCAUGAUACCAAACCUCAAAUCCCCACAAGCCCCUCUCUUAAUGGGGUUAGAGAGAAUCAAAUAACAUCAGCUUGAGAUGAAAUUAAAAGGUCUUGCAAAUAUAAAUUUACUGCAAGAUGAACUUUUGAACUGACAAGAUACUGUGUUUUGAUUUUGGCUUUUAGUUUUCAAGCUGGAAUUACAUUUUAUAUCAUUAAUAACCGAUAGGUCAUGUAGAGAGUCAGGGUAACUGGAUUUCUCAGUGAGAAAUAGUCUGAAUUUAAGAUGAAGAUGUAUAGAUUUAUGUGAGUGCAGAUUUACAUCUACAUUUAAGGGAUUGAUUCAGAAAGCAGUAGGGCUGGGCGACAAUAUUUUUUUUCAUAUCAGUCGAUAUCGAAAUUUAUCACGAUUUUAAAAUAAAAUCACUUGUCAAUCUUAAAUAUUCCUUGUUACGCUUAUUGGUAACAUUUCUUUUGCAAUACAAUAAGCUAUUGCAUCUGUUAGGUCUCUGUGUCUCUUCGACGUUUUGUCGUCAGGCGUUGUGCGAGAGAACGCAAACUGAUUGAUCAGUUCAGCCCAAACCUGGAGCAACUCCCCUUUUCAUUGGCUAUCCAUAUGGUCUACCGAAAUAUGGCAGAAUGCCGGCUAUCGAAAAGCAUAUUGACUAUGUUUCAUAUCGAUAUCUAGGGAAAUUAAUUUUUGAUAUAUAUAAUUAUUGUUUUAUCGCCCAGCCCUAGCAAGCAGCAUGAUUACGUCUCACACAUUAGCUGCACUCCUCCAUAAGGAUCGUGGGAUUACAGGCUGUUCUCAGAUCAGUACAGGUUGCUAUCAAAUGUGUAUACAACAGAAAAAAAACAAAAACAAUGGAGGGCGUGGAAAGCUGUGAAUCAGUCCAAAAACUUUGAAUAAUCUUUGAAAUUCAGUCACAAUAAUGUUUAAGAGGAAGAAUGAGCAGGAUUCUUCGGUAUGGUCCUUUACUGACGGUGGAGAGAAACCUGAUGUGAGUCCGUUUACAUCCUCUGAUGUUGAGGCUGAAGCCGCUCAGAGGGUCACUGGAUCCUCUGAAGCGCUGACCUCUCUGACAGGCUCUCACUCUGCACAUUAUGCGUCUCCACAGAUAGAGGAGGUCAUAACCACCGGCGAGGGGCGGAUCGGCUUGCUAGGAGACUGGCGAGAGGUGCCCCCUCCUCCUCCUCCUCCUCCUCCUCCUGGGUUUGGGAGUGCGGUGGUGUUUGUUUUGAUGAUUACUCUCUCUUUCCUCUUAGUGUCCCGUUCUGGUUGUCAUCCUGUUGAAACAGAAGAUGAUCAAAGUGACAAAUUAAGAUUAAUGAGACUUCAAUCUGAAUCAGUGUGGAUUUUUAGAGGAUAAAGAUGGCAGCUGUUUUGACUCAAGUGGAAAGAGAUUAUUCUUCGUCCUCUUUAAAGGAAAGAAAUGAAGUCAUAAAGUAAGACUGGAAGAAAAGCUCAAUUAAAUGCCAAAUUACAGCAGUUCAGAGGAUUAGAAGACUUAAGCUGGACUGUAAAGUCUUUCUCUUGAAAACAAAAGUCCAUAAUCUCUAAACAAGGUCUUUUUAGCUGCUUGUCCUGGAGCUUUUCUCUCAACUGUGUUUCAUACGGGAACGUGAUCUGUUGACUAGACUGUUCAUCAACUUUCAGUUUGUGAAAUACUUUUGUGAGGAUUCAGUUCUGCAGUUUAGUUGUUGUUAUCUUCUUUAUCUGAAGACAGAAGUGAUCAUAUCUGGUGAAGGAAAUAGUAGACAAACCCUUAUUUGUCACUUAUUUUCCCUGAAUGAGGAGCACCAUGUUGUGUUGGAGAAGCAGCAAUGUUGACAACAAAUUCAACAGGGCAAUGAGAGAGGAGAGGAGAGGAGAGUAAAUGAGAGGAGAAGAGAGGAGAGGAGAGGAGAGGAGUCUUUAUCCUAUUUCUUUGUGAGACCGGUGAAGUCGCCCACUAGUAGCCUAAAAAAAACAUGUUUUCAAGUGUUCUCAAACACAGUUUCAUGUUUAUUUUGUGAAUUAUGAUCUCAUUUAAAGGAAAACGGUUAAUAAUGCAGGGUGUACUCAGGGUAUGAAUUUGUUGGACUCCUAUGGUGACCUUUCAACUUGGAUAGAUGUUGGAGCGUUUACCUUUUUGUCUAAUAUGAUCACUUCUAGGAAAAACAAGAUGGCAGAGACUAAAAUGUUGAACUUGAGGCUUCAGAGUAAAAAUUCACAAACUAAAGGUUGAUUCCAUGUUUAAUGUACAGUUAAAAGUUUCAGCCAUACACCUUAUUCUUUAAGAUCAAAUUUAAUUUCUUACGAGUUAAACUUAAGAGUUUAUUUACUGUUCAGUUCUGGAGUGAAAACCCACCCCACUGUGAGGUGAGCCUGUAUUUCCUGAGCUGAGCCAAAGACAUGUUUGUGUACACAUAUAUCGUUUCAGUUCAUCCGGAGGUUUUUGUCUUAAUCAGUGAGGAGUUUGAACAUAAAAACGCUUAUAAAUACUCGGCUCAAUUACCACUCUUUUCAGCCGAUGGGAAGAAAUUCACUUUUGACUGUGUGCUGCUGUUAGAGGCGGUGUUUGUAAAUUAGGCGUUCAUUCGCACAGACAGGGGGUCUAUUUAGCUCUGAAUAAAUGCAUAAUGGCUCUUUUUAAUCUACAAAACAUACGCACUGAUGCACAGAAACGCUGUUUGCUCAUCAGCAUUCAACCUUUUGUGAAUCAGUCUUUUCGGCUCAUUAUUGCAGGUUUAGCAGGUGCAGAAGCCGAGCCAUCAAUUUGUGGAUCAGGCCUUGAAAGAAGAGUUUCAUUCUUAUGUUAGGAAAAACUCAAAUUCACAAUCUCCUCUCAGGGUUUGUUAACUGGCUGAUAUUCUUUAAGUUUGAAGACAGACUUUAAACCUUCACACAGAGCAAUCAUUACUCCAGACAUCGCCGAAAGCUCCAGCACAACCAGCUUAUAAUCCUUGAGAUGAUUCAGCGGCUGAGUUCGAAACGUUUUUCUUUUCCUGCACCUUUUUGGUCUCCCAUGAAAUUUGUGGCACAGCGAGUUCAAGUGUCACAAAUGUUGUUGUUGUGCGAUACUGAGUGAUGUGACUUUUUUACUCCAUGACUGCUUCUCCCCCUCUCUCACCUCUCACCUGAUCCACCCUCAUCCACCUCAUUUUGAUCCACAUCCUGCUUUGUCACUGAUGGAGACAUUUAUACGAAAUGCAUUGUUGUGAAUUUUGUUGACGUUUAAGUUACGAGUGAACGUAAAUUUUUGCUUUUUUAUUUCUUGAUUUAAGUAUAUAUUCAAGAAUAUAUUUAAGUUAUAUUGGAGUGUACUCUUUUAAAACACUUUACAAGCUAUUUAGUUGCCUGAUGUUAUGGUUAAAAAAAAGCAAAGUGUACUAUGAUGAUAUUUGGGGUUUAUUUUUGUCUCUGUGUUAUCACAAACUGUUCUCACACGUCUUCUUUUUAGACCCAGAAACCUUCCUGUGCCUGUUUCUCUUGCUUUCCUGACGUUAUUUCUAAAAAUCUCCCCUUCUUUUUUCCUUUUCUCACCUCCAUCCCAAUCUUUUUCUUUUCUACAUCUGCCAGGUUUUUACGCUGCUUGAAAGAGUCACAACAUUAACGAGUGUGAGUCAGUUAGCGGCAAAGAGCCCAACUCCUUUAGCCUCAACACCCACAUAACGGCAAAAACCCCCCUCCCGAGUGCUUUUUGACACCCCUGCCUAACGUAGUCGCUGUUCUGUGCUUAGCUCAGCCAAAGCUACCUGAAACACAGCACCCUCUUCCUCGGUCUCUCCCAUUAAAGAAGUGAUUCUUUUAGCAGGACGUGAGCUCCUCUGACACGUCGAGAUGCAUUAGCAGCCCCUGUGGGUUUUAAAUGGGGUUGGAGAUGUCCACACUCAUUAGCUGAUGGUUUUAGCUAAUGAGCGUGGAGGAGCGAGACAGAUGGCCUGCUUUUUUGAGAGUGUGAGAGGAUGGUCACGGCUCCUCGAAGACAUCACUUCUCUUAAUGGAACUGCUCCCUGUAUUCAAAGAAAGGCCAUUUCUGCAACUGGUCAUGAAGGCAUCCCCUGGUGCUGACAUUUAUCUGUUUAAAAAAGAAAGGAAAGCUUCCUGCAAGCGUUACUGUCUGUACUGAAUCUGUUGUCUGACCGUCAGAUCUAAAAGCAGAUCUGACCGCUGGCUUUAUUUGGCUGCAUCACGCCCAGGCAGAGGCAUUCAUGGCCAUGCUACUGUAAUCUGCCCACGUCUCUGCUGCUGUCUGAGGGUUUUUUUUUUCAUCUGUGACUGAGGCGGAGCUGAAGGUUUACUGUUUGAACUCUGCUUCUCCUGUCAGGUGCCUGAAUGGACCAAAUGCAGCAGCCGGGAGAAGAGGAAGGAGAAGAAGGUGGAAAAGCCGUUUUACUCAGACUCAGAGGGCGAGUCAGGGCCGACCGAGUCAGCUGAUAGUGGUAACUUUGGGGCUGCUGUCUGUGCUUUGUUGUACUUUUUGUCAUAGUAGUGACGUGUAUGUGGUUUCAUUCAUGAUUAUUGUUGGUGAAAGGUCAAAAAAAGUAAUGUGUAAGUCCGUCUAUCAACUUAAAACCCUUGGGGGAGUUUUUUGAAUAGUGGUGAAGCAGAUUUAAGAUCACCAGCAAAAGGACUGACAUCCUCUAAAUUAUGAAUUUGAAGCCUGUAGCUGCUGCAGAAGGUUGGGUGUCAGGAGAGACAUUCACAGCAUGAUGAUGGUGAUAAAAAAUCUUUUAGUCUUGCCAGUGUAAAUACUCACAGCAAAACAUACAUGUGAUGGGAUUUAUUGUCCAAAACAUCAUGUACCCCAAUACAACGACUUUUUUGAGUGUGUGUGUGAAAAUACAUCUGAAAAAGGCAGUUGUCACAUAAUCAGGGUUUGCAUAAUGGCUUUUUGAAAAAAUGGCUACUUUAAAAUUGAGUAAAAAUGUCUCAUCAGGGUUAAAUUACCUGAUGUGUCCAGAUGAGUGUCAUGAGGGAGGGGUAAACAAAGGAAAAGGACCCAAAAAUGCAGACAAAAAAAAAGGAUUUAUUAAAAGAACUAAACAAAACUUACUUUAAAAUGUCCAACCAAAAAAACCCAAAGGGAAAAUCCAACAAAAGACACUGAGGAAAAAAAACACAAGGAAACCAGGGAUUCAGAGGGGAAGAUCGGGACUUUAUACACACUGGGAAACGAGCAACAGGUGAGGCAGACGAGACACAGGUGAAACUCAUGCAUGAUUAACAAAAGAGGGAAAACUAGGGAAAUAAAACCAGACUAGAAACACAAGGAAUCAACUACUACAAAAAUAAAACACUGAGAACUGAUCUAAAAUUUUAAAACAAUGACAAGGUGGAGAAAUUCACGAGUUCAAGUGAAACAAUUUAAACAAACAGAACAUAUCACGACAAUGAGUGUCAUUUUUUAUGCCUUUGGUAGAUUUUUUUACUCAUUACAAAGACUUCAGGUCUUACUUUUGCUUUUAAUAUCGUGAAAUAAGACUUCAGGUCUUACUUUUGCUUUUAAUAUCUUGAAAUAAGACAUUCAUUUAAGCUUGUUCUGCAAAUGUAGUUUAUAUAGUGUAUAAAUUCAUGUUGUACUUUUGUGUCACAGAGUCUGCACUGAUACCCUAAGAGUGGCUUUGGAAGUCUUAAACAAACGGUUUUGUGUUUUUUAUAUUCAGUCAACAAUAAAAAUAUUUAUUUAUAGUUAUAAAUAGGAAGGGUAAAAUAAAGUAAAAGCACUAAUGUCAUGAAAUGUUUCAGCACAAAUCUGAUGUAUUGAACAAAACACUCCUGACCUUUCCCUCUGCAGAGUCCGACUCCGCCAGCAGCUCAGAAAGUGGCAGCGGCAGCGAGGAGAGCGGGUCAGGAUCAGAGAGCGAGGAAAGCGAGGAGGGCUCCGAGUCUGAGGAAGAGGAGGAGGAGGAUGAGGAUGAAAAGGACAAGAAGAAGAAAAAGAAGGAACUAAAGAAGCCUGCACGAGAGAGCGAAAGGUACGGCAUGUUUGGGUUUGUUGUGUUGGAUUAUAAUCUGGAACUGUUGAUAUGAAAUACGUAACUCUAACCUUUUCCAGGCGUUUAUAUCUAUCUUUACUGAAUUUACAGUUUGGAUGGUUAAUCUCAUCUCUUCUGAUAACACCUGAUUAAUCAUCUUCACUUUACUUUUCCCUCCAGUGAGCAGAGCAGUGAAGAAGAGAGGAAACAAACAAGGAAGAUAAAACAACGCAAGAGCGACACAGAGUCUGAGUCUGAGGACGAGGCGGACAGUGAGUCUGAGAGCAGCCAGUCUGAGUCUGAAGACUCGGAGUCUGAGGUUGAAGUCAAAAAGAAAAAAAAGGUAACCGAAACAUCUCAAGAAUACAGAAAACGCCCUCUAAUUUGUGAUUUAGGUGAAAAACACGUGAAAAUGAAAUCUAAAUCUGUGUUCUCGUCACCCACUUCUGGACCAAGCCUCUCUGGAUUUCAGCUGCACAUGGUGACAUAAAUUUCUGAACCUUUUUCAUGUCGCUUUUCUUUCGUCUUCUCACAGGCAGCUGAAGCCAAACCUCCCUCGAAGCCUGUCAAGAAAGAAAGCAAGAAGGAGAAGAAAGAAAUGUCUCUGCUCGACCUUGACGAUUGUGAGUUUUUUGUUUUCAUCUCUGCUUCCACAGAAAGUGCAAAAGUGACGAUACAUCCACAGUUUGGCAAAGUCAGUGGACAAGGACGUAAUUUUGCUGCAGUUUGUUAUUAUCACUGAGAAAAACAGCAUCCAGCUCUUCAGGCUAUCAGAGGGAAUGAAAUCAAACUCUGUGAGAGAUGAUAUACGCUUGAAUCUUCCUGAUACCUGUUAUUUUCUCAUCUUUUCUCCCCAGUUGAACCCGCACCAUCUCCUCAAGUCACACCUGUCAACACCUUCCUCUCAAACAGCCUUGUGACCGACCUGGAAGGAUUAUCUUUGUCUGAUGCUGUUCUCUCACCUGCAGUAAGUACAUCAUCCUCCUGCUUAGUAUCUUCACAUUUUCAGAGAGGUUACCCGGCUCAGACUGACUCACGGCGAGUCUGAAGGUUCGGUCUCUUGAAGUCAGUCGUUGCGUCAUCAAUCAAGAGCAGUCGUGACUUUCUGCAAGUGCUUCACAUCAACCUUCGCCCCCCACCUGCUCUGUCUUCGCAAAAUCAACUCUGUCUUCCUCUUUGACCUCCUGCUGUAUGAACACCAGGUUUAAGGAGAAAUUUGAACGUCUUCUUGUCUGUCUCCACUAUGGGGCUGUGUCAGCUCAGGGAAAGUCCUGAUUGGACUGUUUUCCAGAGCGAAGUUACCAAAUUUAUGUAUGAGUGUAUGUGUGACAGUCAAAACCUUGUUGAGAGAAUCUUGUCUUGAUUGAAAGGUUAGAAUAAUCAACCCCGAAUCCAAAAGACUGGGGAUGAUGUGUAAAACCUGAACAAAAUCAGAUUUUGAUGGUUUUUAUAUAAACAUGUGGACAUAUUUAAGUGAAAAUAGGUUAAAAAUGCAGAAACUGAAAAGUUUUUUUAAUUUUUCAAAAAUAAAUGCUCAUUCUAAAUUUGAAGCCAGCAAAAAGUUUUUAAAAGUUGGGACAGGGACGACAAAAACCUGAAAAAUGUGUGUGAUGCUAAAAAAACAGCAACACGUGUUUGUACCGCUUUAUAAACUGGGUCAUGCUUGGACAUCGCUUGAGCUCCACAGCUCAUCUGUUCCACAACCUUCCUCCACAAACAGAAACACAAAAGCUUUUUCAUGUAGAACCCUGCUCCUCUGCGUAAAAUUGCGAAAGGUUUGAGGAUUUUAUGACCUACUGAACAAUAAAAGACUCAAAGAAUCGGGUAUAAUCUCCACACAAAAGGGACAAGGUCAAAAACCUGACAGCACUGCAUCAAAAACAGACUUCGCUCUGUAGUUGCAUCUGCUAAUGAAGGGUAGAGCUGAGCCGUGCAAGAAAAGAAGUUAAAGCCUGAUCCUGAACUUCACAAAUUCUUUUAGGAUGGACUGAGGUGAAGGUCAACCAACCGACAGUGGUGUCUGUUCAUGGUGGUGUAUUUAUCUGAUCGUUCACAUGCCUCAAUUAAACCAUAAUUAAUUUCUCGUUAUGUUGUGGCAUUUGAACUCAGUCUGAAUCCUCCAGCUUUACCAAAGUUUCUCUACAGUCUGACAAAUGAAGUUAAAACAAAAAUGCGCUCCCUUCCUCUGAAUGAAGACAGUCUCAUGAUCGUUAAUUGGCUUCAUUUCCUCCUCCACCCACAGACCAUCGCUCCCUCCAGUGCGCUGAAGAGCUACGAGCUGCUGCACCGGAUCACAGGGGAGGGUCUGUCGGUGGAGUACUGCUUCAGCCGGCAGCCGUUCAGCCCCGACGCGAACAUGGUGGCGGUGCAGAUGCAGUUCACCAACAGCGCCACCUCCGAGACCAAGAACCUGCACAUAGAGGACGUGAAGCUCCAGUCUGGGAUGAGGGUCAAAGAGUUCCCUGAGAUUGGUGAGUGAAGUGGGUCACUCUUUGGUCUCAUAAUGAAAAGCUUUGAAUAUAUAUGAUUGAUUCUGUUAUUCAUUCUGCAUGAUUUACUUUCCUGUGUGUGAUUUUAGCCAAUACUCAGAGCCAGACUAGUCUAGACCCUCCAAUAAACCACACAAAUCCAACUACACAGUCUGCAGGACAGGACAGGACAGGACAGGUGUUUCAUCUCAGAUCAAAGCUGCCGAGGUCCCGACUGAAGCUUUAUGACACAGUUUCAUCACUGUCCUCUUUUUGUUCCUGCGUGUUGACAGAGCUGCUGCCAGCGGGCGAGACGGCCACAGCUGUGAUGGGCAUCGAUUUUUGUGACUCGACGCAAGCGGCGAACUUCCAGCUGUGGUGAGCGCUGCGAUCUUUCAUCCAGGAUCUGUGCUCCGUGUGUUUCUGGCACUCAGGAAACAAAUUUUUAAAAAGCCUAGUUAGGGAUUCAGAAAUCCUCUUUCCUUUGAACAGCGGUAAUCAUUUCUGUUUUUCACGCCUUUUCAUGAUUUGUUUUUUAGCACACACACCAAGAAAUUCUUCGUGACGAUUCAGCCGCCUGUCGGGGAGCUGAUGCGACCCGUCUUCCUCACAGAGAACGAGUUUAAAAAGGAACAAGGUGAGACUCUGCGGAAACACUUUAGUGCCGCUCUCCUGAUCUGAAUCACCCUUAGAUCAUAUUAUAGGUAUCCAGUCUGCACCUGCGGCACCUUUCUAGAUCAAAGCUGCUUUAAUGUGAGGAUUUUAUAACUGAAUAUAUCAAACAGGCCCACAGAUGAAAUGACAGCUGAAGAGGGAGCAUCUUACAUGUAAAGCCUGAGUUAAAAAAAACAACAAAUCACUGUCAUAAAUUUCUCAUCAUCAUCAGCAUUUAUUUGACAUCUUUCUCCUCUGUGGUAUCAGCUGAAAAAGCUUCAAUAAAUAAGCUCAGUCAUACCAUAAAUACACCGUGAAUUACAAACGUGUUUUUAUGUCAAGAACACUUUUUUUAAGUUUCUUUUUGCAUUAAAUGGAACAUUUUUCUACUUUUGCCAUAAUUUCCUCUUUUAUCGUUGUCCAUUCAAAGACAUAACCUCUACACUUUACUGUAUUGUCACAGUUUUGCACGAUUUUGUUCUUUAUUUUGAUGCAUUAAUCUGUAUGUUUGUAUAGUAGGUUCUUCUUCAAACACCUGCAUUUACACUAUUUAAAGUAGGGCUUGUGUGUAAUCAUAGUGUGAAUCUGCUUACAGGGUCUCGGUACCUUUUAUUCUUUCCUCCAUAUUUUCUUUAAUAUACAGAAAUUUAACUGCAGAAUUAGAGUUUAUUAUAGUUUAUUAAAAUGUUAUAUCCAUAUUUAAAAGCACAUCACCCACACGUACAGUAAUGACAUCCAAUAUAUUGUUUAAAGCACAUGUCUGAUUUACUGUUAUUCCUCAUUAUUUGACAUACGCCAGAAAAGCACAGCUGACCUCAUAAAACACAAGAGUUCUCAGAUAAUAGAACUUCAGACUAACUUACAUUUGUGUUUAAAAUCAGGUCAUUUAACCACCUUUUCACUCAGGCACAAGACAUGAUAGACAGUCCCUGUGAUAUUUUUGUCAUUUGUAAAGAGAUCAUGGAAAAUAUGAGACCUAAAUGAUACAACAUAGAGUCAAACCAGUCAGUGUUUUCCACACAUAGACUGUACAUUAUAACUGGAUGGGCUGCCCAAGAAUAUUUCCAAGUACAUUCGCAAACUAUUCUUCAAGUUAUUCUUUCAUUUUACUUUUUUUUUAAAGCGAUAUAUUUGGGCUUUUCUGUGCAGCAGAGGGUUGGGGAUCAAACUAGCAACCACUGUUAGGAGGACUCCAUACGUGAGGCCGAACUUUUGGUUUAGCAAAAUGCUUCAUUAGUACCAAGUCUGGUCCUCGUGCCGGUCUCCUGAGGUGAUGUAGAGAGAAGCAAAUCCUGUUAUUUUCAGAUAAUCAGACACUUACUGUACAGGUGAGAGAAAACACAGGGUGGGACAGGCUGCUGUGAGUGCAGUGAAAAGAAAACUGUGGGUCUGAGUGUGAAAAACAAAACUGAAAGAAGUAUGAACAAGUCAAAUUUAGCUUUUGUACAUACUUAACUGUGGGGCACUGUUAUCGGUUAAAAGCUUACUUACUGUGGGAUAUUAGGAAAAGUAAUCUUCAAGUGCGUGUUAAAAAACUCUAGAUAUACUUGUCUAGUGUGUGUUUGUGUGUGUGUGUUGCACCUCAAGUAUUGAUUUUCCACUUCUAAAGUUCUUUUUUAAUGAAAUGAAACCAAAAGCAGUUUGUCAGAGCAGCUACAGACAACAGUUUCCAGCAUGUUUCUGUUGUUUUUGUCUUUCAUUUCCCGAGCUGACUAACACUGAGACAGUUUUUGAGCUCCAACAAACCCAUAGUGACUCUUUAAACAUGUGUCAUAUCCACGGUUCCUCCCUCUUUGUACUGUCCCCCAUAGAGACGCUUUUACAGAGUCUCGGUAAGUUGGCUUUGAUAGAUUUGUCUUUUCACUUUCCUUUUAGCCGGCCUCAGCCUCACACGGACUCCCUCACUCCCCUCACUCCCCUCCUUUAACACCUCGUACUAUCCCAACCUUCCUCCCUGCCCUGCCUUGGUGAUAAACACUGAACAGACUCACCUGUACUAACCUGCACCGUAAAGAGGCCGCUCACUCUUUGCUUCGCCAGGAAUGACUGGAAAUGCUCCUCCACUGAUCCUGAUUCACUCCCCGAGCACCGUGUGAUUAAAAACUUCUCAUACUGGACUCAAAAAAUCAUCUGAUCACAUUCAUCAUGUUUGCUCAUGUUUUGAUACCUGUUCCUCAAAACUGCUGAUAACCACUGACCAUAUUAGGGAUUUAAUUUGCAACUGUGUUACACCACAGUUUUCCUUUUGUCUGAUUUGAGGUCUUCGUUUAAACCUGGACAAAUAUUUUAUGCACUUUGCAGGCCAAAAGACGCCUAAACUAGAAGAACAAGAGAUUAAAUGCCUGUAUUGGUAACUGACUCAGUAAAAACAGCAAACAGAGCAGGAAAGGCGGAGUGUAACCUCAAGAGCAGAAAAAAUUCCAAAGAAAGAAAGUUUUUAAAAAGUGCAGUUCCUCAAAUGGCCACUUGAGGCUGCCUCCAAAGGUGAGCCAAUCACCAUAGAGAUACAUUUAAAGAUGUCCGACUCUACAGCAGGAACAAACAGACUGGUAUAGAAAAUUCUACAUUGUCUUAAUUGAUCAAUUUUUCAUGUAUGAUAACUGAGCAGAAAUACACUAUUAAAAAAAUACUUAUAUUUAAAUAUAUUUAAGCUCAGAUUUAUAAAGUUUACCAUUGAAAGGGAUAUUCCGGGGUAAAAUUAAUUCAGGGUCAAACACAUCGUAACACCGAGUUAUACACCCCCUCUAGAAAUGAAUAUUGCUGACCGCUUGCUUCUCUAGUUAAACCAACUUUAGUAACGACCAUAUGAUAGCAAUACACAGCGGUCUGAGGAGCCAUAAACAAACCACAACCAAAACGCCACUAUAUAGUCACAAAUAAUGCUCAGGACAGCACCUAACUUCAUCAACAGUACAUAUAGGGUCCCAGCCAUAGUACUGGCCACCAAACAUCUUUUUAACUUUGACUAAUUUCUUUAGCAAAGAGACUAAACACAACUCACCUACUCUCUUCCAGCAGCCGCUUGUUUGUAGCAAGACCUCAGGCCAGUUCAUUAUGGGCUAAGGCAGGGUGACGCAGCUCAAGGAAGAACAUUUAUGACCAUUACUUUAUCAUUUCCUUGAAGUAAUAAUCACCGUAUUAAUCAUUUUGCACUGCAGACGCCUUAGCAUCUUGGUCUGAUCGCAUUUCCAUGUAAUCCAACCUGUGGUCGUUACUAAAGUUGGUAUAACUAGAGAAGCAAGCGGCCGGCAACAUUCAUCUCUUCAUCUCAUUCAUACAAUGUGUUUGACCCUAAAUUAAUUUUACGCUGGAAUAUCCCUUUAAGGUGUGACUUCUGGACUGAGAUUAAAUACUCUCAGUUGUUUCUUAGUUUUCAGACAGGCUUGUCUCCUUUUGACCUGCAAAUCUCCCACAAUCUGAUAAAGUGCUAAAUUCCUUGGAGCUCAAUCAUAACUUAAACUCAGAGCGUGGAGUCAGUCCUCUUCUGUGUUCAGUGGGAAGCACCAGUUCAUUCCAGUUUAAGUUUCGGUUUUACUUUGUUAAUAUUUGUGUGUUACUUCAAUCUCCAUGACAACUGGAGGAGAGGCUUGUGCAUAAACUUUCUUUGUUGUUAGACGUGUAUACAGUAUCUUCAGAUGAUACUGUAUAUGUCUGUAGCUGGUCUCCUGAAAAACAAUAGAUGAUAAAACAGUUCUGCCCCUUCACUAAUACUCUUCAAGCAGCACCCUUUUGUGUAAUCUGUGUUACUAAAAACUGCUUUGCAUUUUAUGUUUCUUGUAAAGGGUAAAUAAUCACAGGUCCCCUUAAGAGCUUUCCAGUUUGACCAGCGCUCUGCUCGCCUUUCCUCAGGUCAGCUGAUGGGUAUGAAUGAGAUCACAGAAAAGCUAACACUGGACGAGAAAUGCCGGAACGAGCACGCCAUCGUCCAGAGGGUGACGACCGCCGCCAACCUCAGCAGAGUCCCCUGUGGUUCAGACAAAGAGUGCAGGUAAAGAAGCAACAAACUGCAGUUUUGGCUUCAUUAUGCCUCAAUACUUUUACAUUUAGACCGACGAUAUUGUCAUAUCACAGUCCAAGUGUGUCAUUUCAGGAGGCCAGUCAGUGCAAGCCUCUCACUCACUAACACUCAGACACACAAAUGCACACUGAGCUGGUCCACGUUUCCUUUAAAUUGACACCUUUGUAUCUCUCCUUUAUUUCUGUGGCUUCGUCUUUACUUCCGAUCUUUACUGCUUUGACCUCAGUCCUCCUCUUCCUCCUCCUAAACAUCCUAUCCACAGGUUCGCAGGCAGGACGGUGAACAGCAGCAGCUUAGUGUUGGUCACCGUGGCGACCAAAGAAGAGGGAGCCGCCCAGCUGACGGUCAACUGUGAGAAGAUGGUGAUCGGCACGAUGCUGGUGAAGGACAUCCUGCUGGCUCUGACGCAGUGA